GCCUGCCAGGGCGACGUCUCUCAUCGAGCUCAAGAAGCGUCAAUGGGCGAGAGAAAGAGAAGACAUGAAGAACUACGGCGGGAUCUGGAGGCAUUUCAGCGACGCCGAGGAGCCCAAGUACCGUCCGUGCACCAGGGGGCAGUUUAAGUCAAAUUUGGAACUUAAGUCCUACACUGAAUUAUCUCCUAUUUUGAGAAGAAGAACGCCCAGUCUUCCACCGAUCAACGCCGUCAAUUACGAAACCCUGCAGUGCAGCCCACCCGAUGAGGGCGACACGUCGGGGUACGCGAGCGACUCGGCAGGAAACGAGUACCUACUCGGCGAGACGUGGACCAAGCACACACCCUGGACUUCGUACCCAAGAAAAACGCCAGAGUCGUCUGGAGAAAGGGCGAAAUGGGGCGAUAGGGGAGUAGGGAUAGGCCAUCUCUGGACCCCGAACCCGCAUAUACCUCAGGCACCGCUACCUCUCGUAGAGCGUUCCACCCCUUCCUGGCUCAACAGGGGAUUAAGGGAACCGGCACAAGUAUUAGUCAUAGCGCACGAAGAGACGUACACAGAUAGCCUGACAAGCAGCCAGGAUAUGUCUAAAAGUUGUGAUACAAUUAUAUCAACCGAUGAUUUCCCAAGAAAUUAUCUCAGGGGUCAAAUUGCUACAUCAGACCCUCAGGUGAUUGCAGACCGUGAAAGAAGAAGGCUGAAAGCUAUAGAACAGCACAACGCCAUAAAACAGCAAGUAGAAGAAAAGGAAAAAAAGAAAAGAGAAGAAAUGGAACGGCUAGAAAGAGAGGAACGGGAAGAAGAAGAAAGGUUGAAAAGGUAUCAAGAGCUCGAGCUAAUGAGGAUUGAAGAAGAGAAAAGAAAACUUAAAGAAAAAGCAGAAAAAGAAGAAAAGAAAGCCAAGGCGAUGAGAGAAGCCCUAGAAAUCGCCGAGAGGGCUGCGAAAGAGGAAAAAGCACGAGCGAGGAGGAAACAUUUAAGAAAAGACAAAAGCCCGGUACAGCAUAUCAUGAAAUACAGCGAUAAAGAAAACGAAAAGAGUGAACAAAAAGAAUUAAUAAAGGAAGAAAGUAAUAAAGUACAUGUCGAAGAGACAGAGCAUGUAAGAAAUGAGCAUCAAAAUAAAGAACAGGUAAAGGAUGAUGACCGAAAGGCAGAGCACAUAAUGGAUGAGCAUCAGGUGCAAGACGAAAUGAAAGACGUAAAGACCGAAGAUAUAAAAACAAAUGAAAAGAAAGAAGAACAAAUCCGAGAAGAGAAAGAUAAAGAAUUACCAAGAGUAAUGGAAAAUGAAAUAAUAGACUCAGGUGUAGAAUCGUGUCUCACUGAAAGUAAAGAUGAAUCUGAAAAAUGUACCGAACCAGAAACUAAACCUGAACCAUCUCAGGCUUUUGAACCUUCGCUAGAACGCGUGAUUCCAGAGGUUUGCCAUUCACCACCGCCUCCUCCUGAGCAAUCUUUUGAAAAAAUGGCCACACACCCGUCGGAAAUUCGCGAACUCACUCUGGCCGUGAGCGAACUCAGGAUAGAAGCUGAAGAGAUAGACGCGAGCAGGAUCUGCGUCGUGCCUUCCCCUGGAAGGCUCCUUACGCCGACCGUAUUCCGGCAAAAAGCCAAGACCGAACGGUCCACUCAGACCGAGACAAAAACGAGAAUUAGCAGAAGCAAAUCAAUCAGGAUGGAAGACAGACCGAAAUGGGGCGUCAACAGGCCCACAACCAGAUACGUCAAGGCAAGCGAUCGCGAUCCUUACAGAAAAACAAUAAAAUAUAGGCAAAAUGAUUCCAGGUCACCAUCGCCUAUGAACCACUCCAAGACAUCCUUCAUGAGCUUUUGUCCAUUGAGCGGAAAUACAUCUUCAGGUUCAUCGGGAAAUAUUUAUAAACCUGUUAACUCGAAAGCAGUUGGGACGCCAAGGGUCGUCCACGUCCUGCCGAACACAGGGGUACUCAAGAAAUCUUCAGCCGGAAAAAAAUACAUCUCGAUUAAAAAUGGAAGAAAAGUCUCCAGUAAACAAAUUAGCUCUGUUGUCGAAAAACAUCACGACUUAUCUGAUAUCCUGACUGUCAAAGAAGUCCUAGCGCAGCUUACUGCGUUAAAAAAGGGGCUGACAAUGAAGAAGAAGGAAUGGGCGGUGACAAGAAGCCCGACGCCAUUUUCCGAAGUAUCUUCCGUCUCGUAAAUCAGAAUUGUUUAACCCAUC